UCAUCCUCCUCCCCAGUCCUCUCUCUCUCUCUCUCUCUCUCUCUCUCUCUCUCUCUCUCUCUCUCUUUCUCAAUUUUAUAAUUAACAGUCAGCUUAGCUCAGCUCAGCCUCAAGCCCCGCCAUUAAACAAACAAACAAACAAGUUCAUGCAAUUAAUUCCAAACCCCGUCCCUAUAUAAGAAUAGAUACUCGCGGACUCUCCCCUCUCCUCCAACAGAAAGAACAGUGAAGUAGCAGUGGUGGUGGUGGUUCCUCAAUUCGAAGGCCCAAACCGAUCGCAUCAUCAUCGUCGCCAAAUGCUGCCUCUUCCUCCUCCGCCACCAACUCCAGACUUGAAGAAGCACAUUCAUAACAGGAUUUCCAAUUCCCUAAUCCCCUGGCAACGCUCUUUCGAUUUCUGGCUUCGCACCGCCCGUAUCUACGCUGGCUACAAGGUUUUCCAAGUCCGAGUGAGCUUCGUCAAGGAUGUCCACCUCCAGGAAGCAAUGUGGGAGCGCCAGCACCAGCUUGCCGCUGACAAUAUCUACUCCUUGUGCUCUGAUCUCGGUGGCUUCUUCCUCAAGGUAGCUUAUUCAUUCCAAUCUUCCCUUCUUCUAUUCUCCAAUGUCUCUUCUUCAAUUCCUGCCACUCCUUCCUUCAUUACUACCCCAGGUCUUGGUUUAGAUGAUGUUUUCGAUCGAUUCGACCCCCAACCCCUUGGCUCUGCUUCCAUUGCCCAGGUUCAUCGGGCGAGAUUGAAAGGUCAUAAUACUGAUGUCGUCGUCAAGGUGCAACAUCCUGGUGUUGAGAAGCUGAUGAUGACGGACAUCCGUAACUUGCAAGCAUUUGCUUACUACAUGCAGAAGACUGAUAUCAAGUUUGAUUUAUACUCCAUCACUAAAGAGAUGGAGAAGCAGAUUGGAUAUGAAUUUGACUUCACAAGAGAGGCUGAUGCUAUGCAUAGAAUCCGCUGCUUUCUAUACGCGAAUAACAAGAAGUCCCCUGUUUUGGUGCCCCGUGUGCUGAAGGAUAUUGUUACCAGGAGGGUCUUGGUAAUGGAAUACAUUGAUGGGGUCCCAAUUUUAAAUCUUGGAGAAGAGAUAGCCAAAAGAGGAAUAAAUCCCGGUGGUAAGAUAGCAGCAGCUGCAAAGCAGUAAGCACCUUCCCAGAGAGAGUGUGGGUCUCUUGUGCAGACAUUUUCUCCUGUCCUUGACUUCUCUUCUGCCUGCUUUCUGUUAUCGAUCUUUGACUAGUCUUUUCAUGAAAUAUGUUUGGCAUAGUUGACUUGUUUCUUUAUUUUGCUCAACUUCUGGUAGAUCUAGCCCUGAUGAAACUUUUGUUGGUACCCGAAUUCCCCAAUGCGAGAAUAACAUCAUGACACUUUUAAAUGUUCUUAAGUGCAGGAAAAUACUUAACAGUUUAACUCUCGCGUACGGGCAGAUGAUAUUUAAGAGUGGUUUCUUCCAUGCCGAUCCCCAUCCAGGAAACAUUUUGAUAUGUAAAGGGUCAGAGGUUGCGUUGCUAGACUAUGGGCAAGUGAAGGACCUCCCCGCUAAUUUGAGGUUUGGAUAUGCUGAAUUGGUACUUGCUAUGGCUGAUAAUGAUCCAAUAGGUGCAACAAAGAGCUUCAAGGAUCUCGGCAUCAAGACCUUAAGCAAAUGUGACAAAAACGAAGAUCAGGAAAUGCUUAAGUUGGCACAAACAAUGUUCGAUACAGGAUUACCCCCUGGGGUAACAACUUUGCAGCCUUUCUCUGAGGGAUCUUCACUAGAGAAGUUCUCGGUCGAGGGCUUCCCAGAGGAGCUAUUUUCGAUACUUAGGACAGUACAUCUUCUGAGAGGCCUCAGUGUUGGUCUUGGGCUUAAUUACUCGUGUGCAAAACAGUGGAGACCCAUUGCAGAAGAAACUUUGCAUCGGGCUGGCAGAUUGAAAGAUACAGACCGGAGAGCUCCAGUUCGAAAACACGGAUUCUUCAAGAGAUUAUUCCGCAGGAAAUGAUGAAUUUAGGUGUUGAGAAAGACAGGGAACAUGGCAUUUUCUAAUCUGCACCUUCUAACGCUGUUGUUUCAUCUUAGAGUGCUGAUUAUUUACUCACCCACCAUUGUUACCGUUCCUUACAAGUCUUCAUUUGUAACAACUGAACACAGUUCUUUCAUGACGCUGUCUGUAGUCUGUGCUUGUAUCAUAUACAGUUCCGAGUAUAUGGAGAUGGAUUGUUUGUUGUGUUGGUUUAGUUCUUUGGCUUUUGGAGGUUGCUUUAUUUAUAGGUCGUCUCCUAACGUCCUUUUUUGUACAUGUUGAACGUUUUGUUUUCGCUCGUGGUUAUUUUGGUGUACAUGUUUGCUU